AUGGAGCGACUGUGUGUGAAGGUGAAUGCGGAUCUCUGGGUGCUGAGGAACUGCCCGCUGGAUUCCGUACAGCAGGAUUCCCGACACGCCAGGGAGAUUCUGAAGGAUGCCCAGAACUCCGGAGUGCUGUUCCCCAGCCUCUACGACUUGGCCCAGCGGACGUCCUGCCACCAACACUUGUCUCUGAAGCUGGAGGCAGCCUCAGCCGAGGUGACCCAGGGCCUGGAGAGUGAGCUGCAGGUGUUGCUGGACUCAAUGGUGACCCUGGCCCGUGAUCUCUGCCCUCUAGCAGCCCGCCGGGCAGAGACCAAUCAGAAGCUGCGGGUCGUGUGGGCAGGACUUCCUGCGCCGGGCGGCUUCGUCCGAGCAGCUGUGCUGGAGCAGGGCGGGGCGGCCAUUCACAGGAAGGUCAGCGAGCUGACCCUGCUCCUGGUCACCUCUCUGACCAACGCUCUGCUGGACGAGAUCCUACACGAACUCUACCAAUGCCACAAGACCCUGGUCCAACACAUCGCUCAAGUACAGACCCUGAGGGAGAAGCAAUCACCAACCAUUGGCGUCAGUGACCUGGAGCCCGACCCGCUGACCGAGGACGAGACUCUCUCUGCUCGGGUCUCCUCCUCCACCACCAGCAGCCUGCGCUCCCACUCGCUGGAGGGGCUGGGGGAUCCUCCCGAGGGGGCAAAAGGCGAUGCCAGCUCCCAGGGGAGGGCAGCAGCACAUCAGCCCCUCAACAGCCCUGUCCAGCCUGUCCCGCCCAGCGAGCGACUGGGACAGAACGGAGCGAUUCCCAGACUGGACGAUGGCCCACAGGAUUUUGGUGGUCUGGAGGCCCAGACCUCCACAGCCCCCACCGCCACCAUCCCCAGGAAGAGGAAGGGCCGGCGGAGGGGGCUUUUCCGCUUCAUGAGGACCCGCAGAGGCCGAGAGGAGGAGGAGGAGGAGGAGGAUGAGGCCAAGGAGCGGCCCAGCUCCCGAGGGAGCGAGGAGAGGGGCACCAGGCCGGCGGAGGAGCUGAAGGAGGAGGCGGAGGAGGGCGAAGGGAAGGAGGCAGGCCCCACCCCAGAGGCCCUCAUUCAGGGCCGCCCCAUCCAGGGGAUCCUGCUCCCCGGCCUGGCAGGAGGGAGGGGUAUUUGCAGGGAUCUCCUCGACCAGACCCGGCCCCCAUGCCAACCCCAGAAAAGCAGCAGCUCUUCGAACGGCUCGGAGGAAGUGGGACCUCAAGGGUCGAGGCAGCUCCGGGGGACGAGGUCACGGAGAAACGAGGAGCCGGGAAUGGGAGGCAGAGUGCACACGCAGGACAGGAGGCUGAUCACAGGAAUUGGACGUGAAACCAGGUAUCAGCUCCCAGAUCCCCCCCCGCCACCACCACAGGAGGCAAAGCCCAACCGGGUCGUUCGGAAGGACAGGCACAGGCAGCCAGGCAGAGGAGACCGGGGAGGACUGGACGAGCAGCUGCAGGACUCGGGCUUAAGGAAGGACAGAGCCCGAGAGUGGGAGAGGGACCCAGAGACGGCCGGAGCUCAGGACACGGACACAGAGAGCCCCCCGAUCGAGGCGGAGGGACUGUGUGCAGCAGAGACCCGACCGUUAGCUAAAGAGUGGUCCGAGAAGCCCCUGGUCGGGUCACAGCACAGGGUGUUAUCCCCUACAGAGGCUGAGGGGCUUGAUGCCAUACCCUUGAUGAUUCCUCACAAGGCACAGGAGGCAAAGGAUCAGGGACGGGAGAGGUCGCCCCCUCCAGUGACCAGUGGUGUUGCCACCGAGCAAGAAGAGCGGGGUCAGAGGGAACAUCCGCCAGAGCGAGCGGAGAGCCGGAAGACCCCACUGAAACCUCAGCGAUCCAAGCGCCUGCAGAGUGACGGAGUGAGCAGCUCCGGGACCGGGCAGGAGUCUCCCAGCCCCCUCGAGAGAGCAGCACCCACCGAGCUCGGCCAGCCACGAGGUGACGUGUAUCCCCCACGGCCGGUCCCCUUCAAGCGGUCAGUUCUCACCCGUCAUCGAUCCGAGCUGCAGGGCACCUCUCCCUCCCUCGACAGGCAAAGUCCGACGGACAACAGGACAGAUAGCGUGCUUCGGCCACAGAAGCCCCCCAUCCGGAGAAAGCCGCUGCUUCCCACCCGGACCCUCCCUGUGGACACAAGUGCUCCUCCUGAGCCCGCGGAGCAGGUACCGGGAGUGGAGCAGUAGGAAGAGACAAGCAGGGAACCCAGAGUGCCUCGGAUGGACCUGGUUCCAGGGACGAGACAGCUCACCGUCGCUGUGUCAAUGGGCACCGUUGGCCAGACGGCGUCUGAAGAGGAGGGGACAGGGCAAAGGAGUUCAACCCUCCAAGAUCCACCUCCCAGUCCAAUCCCACCAUCAGCACUGUGCCGGAAAGUCAUCACCCCUCGCAAACAAUGCCGCCUGGUUCCACUCAGCCCUCCCAACUUCCCAGUUCCAUCCCACAGCUUUCACUCAGUCCUCCAAAUCUGCAAUAUCUAUCCCACCAUUCUUUGGGUGUCUGGCUGGGCGUGAUUGGCUGUGCUCUCUGUAUGUAAAUAUAUGUAAAUCAGAUGUAAAUGAAAUAAGCGUGGACUGCGGCCACUCAGCCCGUCCGCUCUCUGGUGGUUUUGUAUAUUUGCAGUAAACGUGCGCGGGCAGCGACAGUUCGGGCCUUCGGCCGCUAAAGGCAACACCGGCGAAAAUAAAACUGUUUGCAGAGCAAGAGGGUCCGGAUUCUUAUUAACAACCCUCACCCUCCU